UUAGUGCCCUAUAGGGCACAUAAUAUUAUUAAUCUUAUGGAUUCAUAUGGACUCAGUCUGGAAUGGUAUCUUUUUUUUUGCAGCACAUCGAUCUGCAGCUUUUACAGGCUCAAACAGAGAAGAACUAUUUUGAAACCAAGUUGAAAUUAGAUCGGGUGUCUGGGGAGAAGCAGACCCUGCUACAGGAGAACAAAAGCCUGCAGGAGGACAGAGAUGCCCUCCGACAGAAACUGAGACAGGUCACACAAGAAAAUGUCCAAAUUAAAGAGAGUGAGAUGAAUUUGCAGCACAGAGCGACGGCGUCCGAGGAGGCGAGCAAAAAGGCCAACCAGGCUCAGCGGGAGGCUGAUGCUGAGAGGCGUCAGGCUGAGAAGGAGAGGCAGGAGAGAGUGGCCGAGUGCCUCAGCUGGAGGGAGAGGCACCAGGAGUUAGCCGACAGGUUCGCAGCUCAGGAGGACCUGAAGGCUCUGAGGCAGAACAAAGCAUGUCAAGCUAACAUCAAGAGCUACUUCCUGUGCAUGACAGAGAGCGACCAGAGGGUUAAAAUCCUCAGAAAUCAAGACGGCAACCCGAGAAAUUUCACAGUAAGACGAUUCAGAUGUCACACUGCUGGCUUCAAAAAGAGGCACUGCAGAUCAACUGUGUGUAAUAUAUCUUCGUCUCAGGAAGGAGAUCCAGUGUACAUCUCCAAUCCUGAGUCCAGUCCUGAAGAGCCUGAGAGGAGUUCGUCAAGGACGAUGGUUAGAGUCUCUGCACCAAACACAGGGAGGGACCUGGGCCCGACUCACUUCGGCGAGCUGCCGGCCGCUGGAGGGGAGCGGCCCGACUCAGCGCCAACGCGCAGGAGCAGGAAGGUGGUCGAAUACUUCUGGAUCCCCACAGACCAGGAGUGAGGGUCAGGUGCUUCCAUGGAGCAGAGGAAGCCUCGGGUUAACUCAAUGAGAGAGAAUGUGGCAUGGUGAUGCUAAAGAGUUCAACUAUCAGAGGUCAAACAAACAAAAAUCAUUCAAAUAAAUAAAAAAAAGGGAAAACAUCUUUGGUGCUCAUGUACUGGACUUUAUUGACAGUAAAGCAAUAGAGGUGCACAAUAAUUAUGAAUGCCUUACAAUAUGAUUCAAAUGCAUUGCCUUGUAAAUCAUCAUGUUUCGUUCGGGUGGAUGGGGGAGGUUACAUCCUAUACAUCAGCCAAUUCAAGUAAACGGUUAAAACUCGCAUGUUUCAUUUUCCAUACUAAACAUUCAAAGUAAACAAAUUCCAGAUGAGGCGUUUGAUGCCUUUUCAUCAGGUACGUGUGUGUGAAGAGGACUCGGAGUGGCUAAAUUCAUUGAAACAAGCCUCCUUUCAUUCUUACACAUCAACACUUAUUAACUAUCUUAAGUCUCGUGGGAAACAUUUUUGCUUCAAUAAAUUUAUUGUGCAACUAGGCCAUGACUAAAUCAAAGACCUCUGCAUCUGCUUGGGCUCUAGAAGCGAUUUCAUAGUCCCAGCACAAAAAAAAGAAAGAAAA